GAAGUACAUACCUACAUGGUACAAUUUUACUUCCGUUGUAUAGACUAACGUUUUAUUUCUAUUUAUUGUAUACAUCGCAGUUGCAGUUGAUAAUAUAGUGUGUAAGAUUGCAGUAAAUGGAAGGUUUGUUAGAGUGAAAGCGAACACCAGUUAAUUGUUUUCUCGGGAAGAAUACCGUCAAAAGUGAUGUCUGAAUGAAUUUCUCACGGUUUUUAGACAUCCAAUCAUGGUGGGAAGUGCCCAGUAUUGCGUACUUUUGUUCCCUAUUCAGGACUGCAUUCAACCUCUUGGAUUUUGAUAUUGAAGAAUUGGAAGAAGCACUUCUCACAGAUGGCACAGAAGAAUCUGCCAGUUCCCUCCUGACUGAAUUGAUAGUCCGUCUAUUGAACGGUUGUUUAGGCAACAAUGACGUUUCUGCAUUUAAUUAUCAGAUGUAUUUAAGAAGAUUGUUUAGAAGAAAAUGUCAAGAAACUGGCCGGUACAAUCCCUUCAAUACUGACAUUGAUUUUCAAUUUCUGCCUUUGCGGACAAAGGUAGAAAUAUUAUAUGCGUUGUGUGAUUUCCGUUUGGAUGCUGAAGAUGUAUUUGAUUUAUUCAAAAAUUUGGAAGCAGAAAGCUUACGAGUAGAACCUCUUGGAUGGGAUGACAAUGAUUCUGCUUACUGGUAUUUCUAUGGAACAAGGUUAUAUCGUGAGGAUUUAUUGAGAAAACCAAAAGCAAAAACAAAAAAGAAAAAAAGUAAAGAAAGCAGGAAACGUGGCUGGUUUUAUGGAGAUGACUGGCUUGAUGACGAUGAGACAGAACGGGUUUGGCAGGUUGUGUGCUUUACGGAAGAUGACUGGGCCCACUUGACUGAGAAAUUUAGCAAGGCAACAAGCAAAGUUGAAAAGGAAUUGUAUCGUUCAUUAUCACAAAACUUCUUACCUGAAAUACCCCGAUUGUUUCAAGAAAAAGAACGAUUACAAAGAAAAAGGUUGCUUGAAUUGCCACGACGUACAUCGAGUCGUGUGUUGCAAAAAAUUAAGCAGAAGGAAGAAGAAGGUAAACCAAACACACAUGAUGCUAAACAAGAAAGUCACAAAAAGGACACAACAGUUCUUUCACGUGAAAAUCGGGCCAAAAGAAGAAACUUACUGAGAUCUAAGUCUGUGUCAUCAGACACUUCAGCAAAUACAGAAAAUAAUACAGAAGAUAUGCCACAGAAAGUGUCAAAACGUGCAAAGAGUCAAGAAAAAAAGUCAAAAAACUCCUCUUCAUCUCAAAAGGGUGAACCCCCACCAGAACCUCCAGUGAAACCUGGGAGAAAAACUAACAAUUCUUUAGCAUCUGCAACAGGCCAAAUCUUAAUACCAGAUAAUGAUGAACCACAAAACAGUACUCGGAAAAAGCUGAAAACAUCACAAAUAUUCAGUCAAAGUGAGGAAGAUAUACAAACGGAUAUGUAUAAGGUCUUGGAACAGUUAACUGCACAUGAAGAUGCAUGGCCUUUUAUGGAUCCUGUAGAGGAAGAAUAUGCUCCAAAUUAUUAUGCAGUAAUCAGAAGACCUAUGGACUUGCGUAAAAUGGAAGAGAGACUUGACAGUGGCUAUUAUACAGACUUUGCUAUGUUUAAAGCUGAUUUCAAAUUAAUUGUGAACAAUUGCCGUCUGUAUAAUGGACAAGACAAUGAGUACACAAUGAUGGUUGACAAUCUGCAAACAGCAUUCGAUCGUUUAACAGAAAAAUACAUGCAUAGACUUUCAUCUUCUGAUGAAGAGAUUGCUGUUGAAUAUCAAUUACCGACUCCAUCAAGGAAACAUAAGUUAAAAUCCAGUGAAUCUCCAACCCAUCACAAGAGGAAGAAAAGAAAAUCUCAUUCAGAUUCAGGUGAACCAAAAUCAAGUUCAUCUGAUACUAUCCAAGAAAGUAAAAAAGAAGAUAUAGCACCUGAUUUAGAAGAACCAAAAAUUAAAGAAUCUCAUAAAAACAAAGAAGGUAAGACAAAGAAGAAACGGAAAGGUCACCAUCGUCAUGGCAAACAUUCCAAAAACCAUAAGAAAGAAUCCCGUAAGUCUGAGCAUGGUGAAUCUAAAAGUAAGCAUAAUAAAAAACAAAAGCACUCAAAGAAUAAAAAUAAAGAUGGUAAAAAAAUAAAACAAAAAAAGAAGAAGAGCAAACAUCAUGAUUCAGAAAGUACCGAAGUUUUGAAGCGGGCUGUAUCUCAAGAGUCUAUUGAAAGCUCGAAUAGAAGUCGAAGUGCAAGUCCUCUGCCCUCUAUACAUACGCCGACUCCGUCACCACAAGAAGUAGAACAGACUGAUAAUACUGAACAAUUAACAGACCCUGAUUUCUUCAAAGAUAAAUAUGACAAAAUAAAGGAAAGAAGACGAAAUGCUGCAAAAGAUGCUUUUGAAUCACUGUUGGAUUACAAACAAAAAAGUACUGAUAAACAAAAACAAAACAUUAACUUACCAGAGAAGGAUAAAAACCAAAAGUUGACUGAGACAAUAGAAAAAUUAAAAGCUAAAAAUGAAAAGUUUAAAGAUAACUCAACAUUUAACAGCCUUUUUUCAACAAGUAACGAUGAAAACUGCAAAGAAGUAAAUAAUAAAGAGUCUCCUAAUAAUGAAGGUUCUGAUGAAGGAGAACAAAAAAAGAAAUCCAGGAAAGGUAAUAAAAAGAAUGCUGCUAAAAAUGAAUCUGCAUCAGAAGCAUUGGAACAAGCAGUAAAAGAUAUCAGCAAAUGGUUUGAUGAUGCGCCUAAAAGUUCAACAGUAAGCUCCCCAUGCGAUAGUCCGGCUCAGACAGUAUCUACGGAAGAGCAAGAUAGUCGUUUAGAUGACGAACUUUCCCAAGGAGAAAAAUCUUCGGUUUCUAGAAAAGAAGUAACUCGUAAGCGACCCUCCUCACGUGAACCUAAGUUGGUCAAAAGAAGGGAAAUUCAAAGAACCAUAGAAAGGCUACAGCCUGGUAAAAGCAAAGGCAAUUUAUUAACAAACAUACCCAGUAAAGUAGAAAAAGCCGAAGAGACUAUUUCAACUGGUCCGUUAACGAAAGCGCGUGAACUUAAUAAAACAGAAGAAACGAGUAGUCCCAAGCUUAGCCUCGGCUCUGUUUUGCCGACAGUUGAAUUUACAAUAGGAAAUGAUCACAAUUUCGGUAACAAGGAUGAAGUUCCUGAAGAGGACCAGAACAAUAUGUCAAAACCACAAGAACUAAGUUCCCAAAAAGAUGAUAUAACAGAAGAAACUUCAAAUGAAAAAGCUACUGAAACUGUUGUUAUUCAAACUUCUAAAAAGGAUGCCGAAGUAGAAACAGAGCCAACUACUAUCGUUAAACCAAAUCAGGAAAAGGCUACACCAAAUUUAAGCGCAUGGUUUAAAGCAUUUGGAGCGCCUAAAAGCACACCCCCGUCUCAUGCUUCUUUGAAAAAGAAAAACGAAGAGACUGAUGCUGAAGAAAAACAUGAAAGUACAAACAGUGAGAAUAAACCUCUUAGUCCUAAACAUGGAACGAAAUACGAUUCUCCUGUUGGUCCCGAAACACCUAAUCCAGAAGGAGGGGAUAGUCCUCAUCCUAGCAUAAAUGCAACACCUCGACAACGACGAACCAGUACUGGAAGUUCAAUGUCUGAACGUUCGUCAUUUAGUCAAGAUCUCGAUUCGCCCAGACAUCAAAUGUCGCAUACUUCACCCUUACUUCAUUCACCUGCUUCACCUAGAACUGAAGACUUCCAGAAAAUUAGCUACCCUAUCAUUAAUGGCACUGUGAGAGCUGGAUUCUAUCAUGACACGACAUCACUUAAAAGUAGCCCCGAAAAAAGUUGCAGUCCACGCGAAGGACCUCAGUCGCCAUACUCUACAUAUGCUCAACAUGUUUAUGCUUCCAAUAAUGUGACUGGAUCGACGACCCCUCAUUAUUUUAUUGAUCAUACUAAAAGUCCAUUGCCUGCCUAUAACCACAACCCACCUCCUUUUUAUGACACUUCAAAAGCACCCCUCGUUACUAAAUCAGCUCGAGUUCAUGACGACUACACGUCCCUUGGCCCCGAAACAUAUCAACAGAGUCAAUACACGGGCCCAUUUUCUCCUGCUUAUACACCAUAUGCACAAGUAUCUGCCGCAAAUUACACUCACUCACAACACACACCACAAGCAUCAAUCGUUAAUAGUAAUGCAAGUGCUCCAGCUCCGGCUCCAUCGGUAGUUGAAAAAACAGCAACUGCUUCGUUUCCUGUUAAGAAACGAACUUAUAGCGAAAUUGAUCAAACAACGCUGACUCCACAAACCAAUAAUACUCCCAAAACAAACGAAAACAAGGAUAUUACUGUCGUAUCCCAUCAUAACAAAGUGGAAUAUCAAAAAACUUCUCAAACUGUACAUGCCACUUCUAUGUCUUCAAUGUCUUCUACAUCCGUUGAUGACAUCGCUUUAGCUUUAAGUGAGAAAUCUGAAAUGGCUAAAUUAAAUAAUAUGCGGGAUAAGCCCGCCGUAGAAUAUCAUAAACCUGACGAACGAGAUAAAAAAUAUGAAAGUCGAGAAAUAAAUAAUGAAAUGUAUAAACAAACCAAACAAGAUGUAUCAGGCCUUGACUUAAAAAAGCCUGUAACGAGUAAUACCAAAAAAGAUAACAUUGAUAUGGUUAAUAUGGGCUAUUUAAAUCCAGAAAAUGAAAGAAGAAAUAACAUCGAGGCGCGCGAUGAAAUUGCAGCUUCAGUGGCCAGAGAAAUCCAGAAAACUAAUUUAAAAUCUCAGCAUAUUGAGUCAAUGGCAAGAAAUCUUGGCAUCAGUAAUCAGUCUAUCCAGAAAACACAAAAUUUAAAUUCUAAUCCGAAUAAUAUCCCUCCGGCACAUUCACAGGAAAGAUCACACAGUGAUCUUAGUAUUAAUCAGAUCAUGGCUCACACACAUCAUGGUCAAUAUGAUACGAUUACAAGCGCACAGGCCAUAGGUGGUUUCUCGAUGAACGAUAUAGAAAUAGCCAAUAAAAAAUUAUACGGUUGCAAUACGACAUCUUCCUCGACGGCUAUUGAUUACGGUAAUUGGAAAAUAACAAACCAAAUUCGAAAACAGGAAUUACUCCCGUCUGAUUAUUCAGCUGCCUACACUACAAAUGCCGAUAAACAUAAAAAUGAUACAAAUCCAAAUACUUCGAUAAAUUAUAGUAAAAAUACGCAAAACCAUCAGUACACUGCUUACAACACGACAAGGAAUAGUGUUCAGAGAACUGAACUACAACAAAAUCAUUCUUCCGAGUUAAGAAUACCAAAUCCCAGAGGAGUACUUAAAAAUGAUCACUUAAAUAUGUCUUCCUCUAUAAACGAAAACGAUAUAACAGCGAAAAACAUUGAAAAUCAUGCAAAAGCUCAAAAAGCUGAGAAACUAGUGCAAAAUCAUCCUCUUGUUACUUCAAACCCUUAUAAGCCCCCAUACAGUUCACAUUCUAGCAUUCCUCUAGAAACAAUACGAAAUUUACCUAAUAUUCCACAAAUGCUAGAAAGAUAUUCAAACGACGAAAGAUAUCUGUCGACAUUUGCCGGUGGAACAUCAGCAUUAUACCACGAAAAGCAAUUUCAAAUGGCCCAAAUGUUCAAUAAAACUAUGUCUGCAGCUGAAAUGCAUCACUCGAAUUCACCAGUAAGCUUGGCCUACUCUCAGUCUUCAAUACCGAAUGCAACGAAAGAUAAUGGUAUUUAUAAACCUCCUAUACUGACGACACAAGCUGAUAUAAGACCAAAAACAAAAAGGAGACGGGUGCAAGAAUCAAAAACCGCAGUGGUUGGAAAUCAAACUUAUCAUCACACACCAUCGUGCAGUGCAGAUGUUUUGUCGUCAGUCAAACAGAGUAUGAUCCCUAGUAGUGCUUUUAAUUUUGGUUCAUCUACAAAUAUGACCCUCGGCACGGGCCUGUAUGGUGAAAACAGUGGCUUUUCAAUAGAAGAUUUUAGAAAUAGCACUGCAAAUCAAUUAAUGGCAGCAAAUUAUAUGGUAGCUGCUGUGGCGCAUCAACAGCGAAACAAUGCCGAAGCUACUGCCGAAAAACUCGUGAAGCCUGCUCAUCAAAAUUCCACACACACAUCCAGCUCCUUCCCAUUUAUAGGUCAUUCCCAAGUAAGGGCUGGAUAUCCUUUUGUUGGAGAUCCGUCAUCACCGCUGUAUCAGCAGUAUUUACAAAGACACCAAGAGGAACUGCUUAGACAAACAGGUGCGCAGAUCAUGAGUCUGUAUCCUGCAGGAUAUCCUGCUGGGUUGGGUGUAAGACAACCAUACGACUCUAUUAAUAGGCCUUCCUGGCUCUAAAAUUCGCAAUGCGAAAUUAUGAUACACAUAUACAUAAUUAUAAACGUUGUUAUAGAAAAUUGUAAUUUAUAUUGUUUGUAGAAUCAAAGUAGAUUUUUGUAAAAAUAUAUUGCAACAAUGCUAAUUUAAUUUACUACAUGACAAAUUAAAUAUUAUUAAACCUUUAAAUAAGCGGUUCUAAAUUAAUUAUAUAGUGAAAUUUUCAAGCUCUCGUAAUUGAUAAUAUAUGUGAUAACACGGAGAAACAAAUUAUUUAAUGAAAUUAUAUUUGAAAAUGUGAGAAGUUAUUUUCAGUUUCCUUUAAAAGCUGUGAAUACAAAGGCUGCUCAUAAAUAACUAGGUUUUACCCUUGCUUUAAAAUAUAUUUCGAAAUCUACAUUUUGCACUAAAUCUUUUUUUAGCAAGUGAGCAAAGUGUAGACUACCCACGACUAGUAUAUAAAUUUCGGAAUUACCCCAAACCUAGAUUACAUAAUAGUUAUAUAGAUUUUAAAUUUCAUAGCAUAAUAAUUGUGUAAUAGAAAAAUAAAAAUCACUCGAUUUCUGUCAACAAGAGUUUUAUUAAAUGCCAUUUUUUGUUGUUGUUUUUUUUACCAAAAAUGUCUACGAAUCUUUAAGGUUAUGCAAAUAAUUUAUGCGAUUCUAUUUAGUUAUUCACCCUUUAAAAUAAGAGAUAAAUUUCUAUGUUCUAGCUGUUAACUACUUCACUCAGAAGAAAUAAAUGUAAAGAAGUUUUAACUUAUGAACCUUGAAAAUGGUAACCAGUUUUUAGAACUUUGGUUCCACUUUAUAACAGUAAAUUACACCGGAGGAAGACCCUUACACUUUCAACUUCAAAACGUUCAUCUGUUGAUUUACAUUUAUUAGCAGCCUUACAGCUUCAAAUGAAUAUAAAUGAUAUAUAUAUAUAAGUAGGUACUUUAUGUAAUGUUGAUACAAAUUUACUGUAAAACUGUUGCUUUGUUGUAAAUUUUUAAAAUAUAUUAAAGUUGCGAAGAGUACCUUAGAAUUUAACCAGAACUCUGCAUAAUAAUUUAAUGUUUACGCUUUCAUGCUUCUUAUUAGCUUUAAUUUACUCAUACAUAAUACAGUAAUGUCACAAUAAACGUUAUUUAAUUUUUUAUUUACGUUAGACUACUUAAUCUAUUUUGUUAUGUAAAUAUUUCUCUUAUUUUAUUUACAAAUAAUGUGUUAGUAUUUACUCUCAUAUAAGUAUAUUUUUGUUAGAAUUAAUUCAACUAAUCAUUGGAAGCAUAGUGUUAAGAAGAUCAUAAGAGAAAUACUUAUUGAAAUUAUUAUUCUAAUGUAAAAGAUGGAAAUAAAGAUUUCUGAAACAGUAGUUUUUUUAGUUUCUUAUUGCUUUCAUAAACGUAUCAAACGCAUAGUAUAGUUAAAUAGUAGCAAAAAAUACUGGAUCCUACUGGUUUUGUGUCUGUAGCACAAACAUUUUUCCAAAUAUUUGGUUGAAAGUAGGAAAUCGUUCAGUAUCAUGAAUUGAAUACGUGAACAUUUUUGUUACUUGUAACGCAGACACAUCAAAGACGUGCGCCACAUGGCAGAGUUAAUAUUCUAGAAAAAAAUAAUCAUAAACGUACAUUUUUAACUUCAGGAAGACUUGUGCUAGGUGCUAGGAAGAUUUGUACUAGGCGCUAGAAAGAUUUGUACUAAGUACGUGCUAGGAAGAUUUGUGCCAGGCACGCUUUUGUCAAAGUUCUAAAAUGCCGUCGCAUCGAUGGUUGUCGCCAUAUCCUGAUAGAAUUCAAGAUGCUACAAGGACUACGCUCGCUCCCUCGCAACGCUCAAGUGCUCGCUGUGUUUUACAUCAUCAGCAGUGACGUAAUUUGGACUUAAUAUUACAAUAU